AUGCAGCUCUCUUCCCAGCAUGUUUCUCUUAGCUCCAUGCCGUUACUGGUGUUGCUGGUCUUGCUGAUGGCCGGCCGUGGCCAAUGCCACGAUGGACCAGAUCACGAGCUGCUUGCCGCAAUCAAACGGCAGAUGGACAGCAUUCCGGAACCGCCUGUGGACAUCACACAAAUUCGCAAGGACCUGCGCUGCACGUACUGCCAUGCCGUGGCCUCCACCUUCACUCGAGCGUUGGACGCGAAGACCAAGGCCUUGCCGCCAUCACGGCAUGGCCUCAAAGAGGAGGAGUGCUCCGCCUCAGGCCUCAUGACCCGAUGCUCCAGCGAUCCAAGCUGUGCAGGAUUCCCAAGGCAGGCAGGGGCUGUUCGGAUGCAGGUGGCUGCUGCUAGGACGUGGCGGGAAGGCGGAAUAACAGUCGAAACCGUGGAUCUGGCAACUGGCAACCCGGGUCCGCCCAGCGACAACCCCGGGUACAUCAAGGUGCUGGUGGAGGCGUGUGAGAAGCCUGUGCAGCCAGGGGACCUGGAGUCGCAGCACUUUGAGGCGCGCCACCUGAAAUGGCUUUGUGGGGACAUCUUGCAGACUCUGGGCGAAGAGGACGUUUGGGAGCUUUUCCAGAAGCACGCUGAAGUUCCUGCGGCGCGCCUUUGUUCGAGGAAGCUUCGCCUUUGCCCGAAAGAGAGCCCUCGAAGACGGAAUGCCAUGGGCGACCUCUGA